GCUGCAGGGUGAGCCGCGCCGGGAGGCAGCAGCAUGGGGCAGGCGGGCUGCAAGGGGCUCUACCAGUCGCUCUUCGACUACAAGACCGAAAAGUAUGUCAUCGUCAAGAACAAGAAGGUGGGCCUGCUCUACCGGCUGGUGCAGCUCUCCAUCCUGGCGUACUUGGUGAUCUGGGUGUUCCUGGUGAAGAAGGGUUACCAAGACACCGACACCUCUCUGCAGAGCAGUAUCAUCACCAAAGUCAAGGGUGUGGCCUUCACCAACACCUCGGAGCUUGGGAAGCGGGUCUGGGAUGUUGUCGACUACGUCAUCCCACCCCAGGGAGAGAACGUCUUCUUCGUAGUCACCAACUUGAUCGUGACCCCCAAGCAGCGGCAGGCAGUCUGCGCUGAGAGUGAAGACAUUCCUGGAGCCGCCUGCUACAAGGACAGUGACUGCCCUUCAGGGGAGCCUGUUUUGGCUGGAAAUGGGGUGAGGACUGGCCGCUGCCUGCUGGCACAGAAUAUGCCAAUUGGCACCUGUGAGAUCUUCGCCUGGUGCCCAGUGGAGACAAACUCCAGGCCCACGAAGCCGCUCCUGAGCAAGGCUGAAGACUUCACCAUUUACAUAAAGAAUUUCAUUCGUUUCCCCAAAUUUAACUUCUCCAAGACCAAUGUGCUGGACACCAAAGACAGAACUUUCCUGAAGUCCUGUCAAUAUGACCUCAAGAACCCCUACUGCCCCAUCUUCCGCCUGGGGUCCAUGGUCCGCUGGGCGGGGAGCAACUUCACGAAGCUGGCGCUGCAGGGUGGUGUGAUAGGAAUUAAGAUUGAAUGGGACUGUGAUCUUGAUAAAGCGCCCUCUGAAUGCAACCCUCGCUAUUCUUUUAACCGUCUGGAUACUUUUUCAGAAAGCUCCAUCUCCGCUGGGUAUAACUUCAGGUUUGCCAAAUACUACCAAGAUGCUGCUGGGGUGGAGUUCCGCACCCUCAUCAAAGCCUAUGGGAUCCGCUUUGAUGUGAUGGUGGUCGGCAAGGCAGGGAAGUUCAGCAUCAUCCCCACGAUCAUCAACGUGGGCUCUGGGGUGGCGCUCAUGGGAAUUGGGUCUUUCAUCUGUGACCUGGUACUCAUCUACUUCAUUAAAAAAAGCUACUUUUACCGUGACAAGAAGUACGAGACAGUAAGGGACCGAGGGGUCUUCGAUGGGCUUGCAGAGUCCUCGAAGCAGGCUGAGACCCCAGAGGCAGAAUAUGAGGAGGCGGGGUCGGGGCUGCCGGAGCAGCCUGAGGCACAAGAUGGAGGCAGUAGCCAGAAGGGGAGUGGUUGCGAGUGCCCACAGCUCCCCAAGUCCAGGUAUAGCCACCCUGGGAAUGGAAAGGGGAAUGCGAAGCAGCCGAAGAACACGCAGAACACGCAGACAGUGGAGGCAUAGCCUGAGGUGCUGGCCGAGAGCAGAUUUGGUGAAGACUCUGGGGGCAGAAAGCCCAGCUCUGAACUGCAAAGUCCCCUUUGUGCGGCACUGGACGGGGGAUCUCAGGCACAGGCGUCUCUCCUGUACUUCAGAAUCCUGGUACAAACUCUUUGUUGUGUGGGGUGGGGAGCUACUGAGCUACUGGCCAGAGUAGCUCAGUUUUGGAAGAGGAGGCCUUGGAGAUGGAAAGGAGGCAGGCCAGGGGCCUGGGUGGUUCUAGAGAGUUUUUAUUUUUUUCUGAACACAGUUGGACAUUCAUUCCUAUAUACGUAAACACUUUGGAUGCCUGCUGUGUGGCCUGAGCCCCAUCCAAGAGACACUAAAAUGAGCCCAUGACCAACCCCUCAGGGAGGGGCUUCUGUCCAGAGCCAUUACAGCCUGGCCCAGCCUCUCUGGCCUUUCUUCAGCUUCAGCUGAGACUUUCACAAAUCCCUGCAGAGAAUGAUGGCUCCUCAGAGAAAGGCUAUGGUCAGCAUCCAAAGGGAUAUUUGGCCUUGCCCCCAAGGAUGAAAUUUAAAGGUGGUUAAAGAAGACCCAUCAGAAGGCAGCUGGGGGUCCUGGAGGGCUGAGGCAGGCCAUAGGGCUUCUAGAUAAGGGAGUGGGAAGGAGGCAGGGAGGCCUAUGCUCCAGUCUGCAUCCAGAGCUUGUGAAGCUCUGGGCAGAGCAUCUAUCUUGCUUGCAUCAGGGCUGGUGUCCCUGCCUGACAACCCUCCCUCUUUCCUCAAAGGCUCAGUCAGGGUUAAUUAAGUAAUUGAUGGGGUUCACCUGGCAGGUGGAAAGUUUUUAGGGCCACCCUCACCCCUCAUGCCUGCCCCGUCUUUCCCAUCCCACCCCCUCUCCCCGCUGCAGAACUCGGCUUUCCUCCCUCAGUGGCUCCAGGUGUGGUCCCUGGACAGGCAGCAGCGGCAUCACCUGGGAGUUUGUUAGAAAUGCGGCCUCAGGCCCCUCCCAAUUCCUAAAUCAGAACCUGCAUUUCAACAACAAUCCCAGGUGAUUUCGGUGCUAAGCAGUGGUUGAGAUGCAAAGUCCUAGUUCUGAGGGUGGCACCAAUUUCUAGGUCACCUGUGCUACCUAGAGAGGAUCCUCCCCGCCCCUCCUCACCCCCAGCAAAGUGGCAUUAUUUCUUUGUAAUGUAGUUCAAUUAGGUAAUACUUAUGAUUCAAAAUGUAAAAGGUCCAAAAGCACAGAUGGUGAAAAAUUUCCCUUACACCCUGUUUUCUGAGGCAACCUAUGUUACCAAUUUCAAGAGGUUCCUUUGUUUUGCUGAAAAUCCUCUUGGUUACCUACAAUCUCCCAUAGGAAAUGAAUUUUUCCUCAUGCCUGCACAUCAGACCAAGUCUCCUCGGUCAGAAAGAGACACAAUGGGAGAUGCUUAAGUUCUGGCUAGCUCCCUUUCCCCCUCUCCUGUGUCUCAGCAGUCCCUGUGUAAAGAGGGGCCUGGGCCCAGAAUCCCGAGCUCCCUCACCUUGGCACCUGGUAACCUGGCAGCAUGGCCCUCCUGCUCUUUGAGAAAAGACUGACACAUUUCUGGGCGAUCCACUGUGGCGCUUCACUUCCUCACUAAAGCAAGUCCUUGGAUUUGAGGAUUAAGCAUGUUACUUUUAUGUUUGGGAGGAAGUAAAAAGGGUUAUAUUAUAGUUGCCUAGAAGCUGGUCUGGUUUCUUUUCACAUGUUUCUGAAUUGCUUAGCAGCCACAGAACCUGAGAACAGCCAUACUAUUUUUUUUUUUUUUUUAAAGAUUUAUUUAUUUUUAUACAAGAACCGGGGUACAGACCAGAUACACGGGAAGGUGAGAGGAUUCACCAGAGACAGAGCGGGGACAGAACAGGCAGACUGACGAAAUACACUGCUGAGGGGAGCAGCGGGCGAGUCAGGAGAGGUCUGCCGCGCCAUGUGGGACCCUCACCCGCAGGCUGGGAUCGAACCGGCACCGCCGAGGCUGCGGGCAGCUUCACAGAGCGGCGCUCAACCACCUGCGCCACCAGGGGAGGCCCCAUACUAUUUUAUAUUAUAUAGAAUUGACCAUGUCUUCUUACAGUUAGUCAGUCAGCAAAUAUUUAUUGAGCACCUAUUAAGUCAGAUGUUGGACUAAAUGAUAGUGACCCAGUAGGGGGCCACACAGCACUCCGACUGCAUGCUUAGUCUAGUGGGGAGCUGAACUUAAUCAAUGGUCAUGUACACAGCCACUGAGUAAGGCGCCUUCAGGAUUUUUAGUGAGGAAUAGCCAGAUUCCCCAUGGAAGUGACAUGUCAGUGGAAAUCUGCAAGGUUAGUAGCAGUCCAACCAGGCGCAGAAGCAUUCCUGCCAAGGGAACCACUCCUGUAAAAACCAUGCUUUGGCAGAGAUGCUAUGGAGGUACUGGAUGCAGUGUGACUAGAGCUGGUUUUGUGAGGCUUUCUCUUCAUCAGGCUGAAUUUUUUUAAGGGUCGCCCUAUUAAAUUUGACCAGCAUAGACUUAACCUGUUUCGAGUUCAGUAAAGCUCUCCAGAAGGCCUCACUAUGACAGGCCAGGAAGCCAGUGACCUCCAUUAUAGCUUCUGAUGGUGUUGCCAAAGUUUCCUUGCUUUUGCUGAGCCCUCCUCACCCCUGCCCCCACCUUGUUUUUUUGCAUGAGUGAGUGGGAGGCUCAUUGACCUCACAGAAACUCAUUCUGAAAUGAGAAAUGGGAACGUGGAUUCUCCAAAUUUGGAAAGGCCCUCUGUCUCAAGGCACUGGUUAUCUCAUCAGGAAGAUGAAUAUGCCAGCCUCAAGAGCUCUUCCAAGUUGACAUUCCAGGAUCACAUGAAUUCCUGUGCUUAUGUCCAGGCCCUUGCCUCAAGCCAUCUACAUAUUAUUUUCCUGAGGCCUAGGAUUUACUGAGAUGCUGGCCAACAGGCAAUGUGUAAAUUGGGUGCUAUCCAUGUGCCAUCAUGGGGACCAACCAUGAAAGAGCAAAAUGCCCUCUAUUCCUGAUGCACGGGUUAUCAGGACUGACCAGUCGUAGCUGCCUUUCUGCCUCUGCUGCCUCAUCAGUUCUUUUCUCAGUGGCUGGCUGCCCCAUGGGGGGAACAAUAAUAAACUGGGAGUGUGACUACCUCUAGGGAUUAAGCACCUCAGUUAAGGUCUACAAUGCCCUGAAGAAUCCCCAAAUCACCCAACUUGGAUGGCAUCAUGCAUGUCUAGAAAAGGGCUGCACUUGGUUCCAACCUGCCCCCUCCCUCCAAGACACAUAAAUUCCUUCAGAGGUGAAUAGUAUACCAGUGGACCGAAGAACACUCACCAAAAGACAUCUCUUUCUGCCACCUGUUUCCCCUUAGGCCAUUAUGCAGAAUUAAAGGCAGGGAAGAUGGCAAACGUUUCCUGGAAUCUGCCCAAUGUAUAUAUUCUGUGACUUUUUAUUUGAUUAUUAAACAAUAAAAGCUGUUAACUUUAAAUGUGUUCUGA